AUGCUUGGCAAUGGUGAUUCUGCGGUGAACAUGCGACUUCUGUGGCUACUGGUGGCCUUCUUGCGCCAGAGCUCUGCUGUUAACAUCAGUUACGCCCAAUAUUUCGGAACUGACUGUGUUUCUGGAGAGCGAGAGUUCGUGUGUUCCGUGUCCCCGGCGGGGGAGGUCAUCUCGUCUGGCGAAGCAUUAUGCUGUCAGCAUGCAUCGCAAUCGCAUGCUUGGUAUUGUGAGGGCAACAUGGUGAAUCGAAACGACUAUCCCGGUGGUCAAGGCUGCUCUUCGUCGACCACCCAAACGAUUAAGGGUUUCCUGAGUGAUACGACUCAUGUUGCGCACGUCAGUGCUGGCGAGUGCAUCAACUAUGGAACCACCAUGUCCUUCAAGUUCAUUCAAGUUCCGUCCUCUGCUUUGCCAUGCAGUGCGGCAUUGACGAACGGGUCAGAGAUGCGCUGGCUGGGCUUGGCAAGUUUGCUGCCAAUUCUCAUCGCCUUCAUCUCGUACCGCAAAGCCUGCGGCUUGGAGUUGGAUCCCUGCGUGGGGAGCCUGGUCCUGGCUCUCAACAUGCUUCCCGGAGCAAGGACCCUGUCUUCCUGCAACUCGGUCCACGAGGGCGCACAUGAGGAGGAGGCCUUGGUUGCGUUUGCUGCGGAGGAGCCCCUCGCGCGGCAAGUGGCCGAGGCCGUGGGCCAGGGCCGGUUCCGCGACUCCCAGGAGGGCAUCGUUCAACCUCGGAAGGCUGGUGAGAAGGCCGUGGCCUUCAAAAGCUACAUCGUCUUCUCCGCGGCCGUUCAGGCGGGUCGCCCGGACGUUUCGCGGAGAUUGCGGGAGAUGAUGGCCUCGGCCCAGGCCGUCCACGCCUUGGCGGGCCGCCUGCGUGCAGCCGGGGCUCAGGAAGAGAAGAGAGCGGAGGAGGAUGAAGUGGAGGAGGAAGUGGAGGAGGGUGGACAUGGAGGGGAAGUGAUGCCUCUCAAGGUUUCGGUUCAGGGAGUGGAGGAUCUGCGCCAGAAGUGGAUCAGGCAGCCCUGUGUUCAGCUGAACCCCUUCGAUCCCGCCGAGCUGCGCAGUCUUCGCGACGAGCUCGUUGCGGACCUGAGAGGCCUUCAGCCCAUCGAGACUUCCCACACCCAGGCCUUGGUCCUACCGCUGGACGCGGCUUCCGGCGCUUCUCCGGUGCUUCUCCGGCUGCUGGAGACCUUGAGGGCCCAGGCGUUCCGGCGCCUGGUCGAGAGCAUCACGGGCCUGGGGCCCUUGACCUCGCCGUGCUGCGCACUGGUGGCCAUCCCUCCCGGGGGCCAGGUGCUUCCGCAGUGCUUUGCCGGGGAGCAGGACUGUGGCGAGGUCGCCUUCGCGCUCUUUCUCACGGAGGACUGGUGGAAUCAGGAGGAUGGCGGGCAGUUUGAGGUGUAUGGACCUGAGAAAGGCAAGCCGAUCAGGACACUCUCCCCGGAGCCCUGCCUGCUUCUCUAUGCAGCCGGGGCGGGUGCCGCAAUCACCCGAGUCCUCACUGAAGAUGCUCCCCAGCUGGCGGUCCAUGGAAUCCUGGCCGGGAGGGGAGCAGAAGAGCAGAGGGACCCCUGGCAGGAUGCUCCGUUUCGAAGCCUGUUCGAAGGGCGCGGCAAUGAGCAAGAAGCCCUGAACACCUGGGUCUCCGAGAGGUUUCUGGACAUGUCGAUGAAGGGCGAGUUGCGGACGCAGUUCGAGGAGGCGAGCCACGUCAAGCUGCCAGGGUUCUUGACUGCGGCGCUGGCCGAGCGCGUUGCUGCCGCCAUCGACACGGUCGGUUCCGGCUGCAAGGGCUGGCAGGAGGAGGGUCCCGUGCGUGUGCAGCGCUACUUGGCCCUCAGCGAAACGCGGACCCGAGGAGCCUCAAGCUGCCCGGUGGGCAGAGCCCUGGCCGACGUGGCCGGGUACAUGGCCUCAGAUGGAUUUCUGCAAUACCUGGAGGCCAUCACGGGGGUGAAGCGAACCGGGUCGGCGUCUCUGCAAAUCCGGCGGUUCAGACCGGGCCUCGAUUUCCAGCGGCCCACGAGCACCGCACGGUCUCAGCUGGACGUUCUCCUGGGCUUCGAGGUUGCCAGUGCCAGUGCAGACGAUGGACGGGUUCGGCGGCGCCGUGCUCGGAAGCAGCUUCUGGCCAUGGGUGGUGCAGAUGGCUACGUGGAGGGUGAAGCUCACCUGAGGACAGCAGAGGCUGCCGGGAUACUGGCCGGGCCAGCGGGAAUUCCUGCCCCUGUCCCCGUGUUGCUCCGGCUCCCGCUGCGAAACAACGUGCUGCGAUUAGUGCUGAGAGAUCCGGCCACGUCCCAUUAUGUCGAGCCUCUUCAAGUUGCUGCGCCGACCAGCCGUUGGGAGAUCCGCCUCACUGUGCCUGUGGAGGAGCUGCCCGACAGCGACGAAGAGACAGAGUCCCAGGAGGCACCGGCACCCAAGUCCAAGCGGCCACGCAGGGAGGUUUUCGACUUCACAGCCUGUGGCUCGAGGACCGUGCUGGGUCCUCCCAGUGCUCGCAGCAGCGGCUGCCCUCUAUGCCGGCUUUGCUGGAUCCCCAGCCGGGUGAAGGCCCAGGCUGACGGCUUCACCGGGUGGUCAUUGACAGAUCCGCGGCCGGCGCCGGCUCCAGCGAGUCGCGGCCUUACGCAGCAACGGGCCGCGCCGAGGGCGGAGGCCAAGGCCGAGGCAGAGGACCCGGACAGCCCUGGCCAGGCUGCAGAAGAUGAGCAGGAGGGGGAUCCCCUCACGUUUUUUGUUCCGGUGGUGGUCGUUCUCCUCUACCUGGGCUUCGGCACCAUCUACUCGGCCGAGUAUUUCAUGCCCAUGGGUGACAUCGGAGGAAAGCUGGCCGUGGGCUUCGGCGUCGUGUUUGCGAUUCUCGUUUUUGCUGUGACGAUCAAGGAAGUGCUAUCGUAG